ACCCAUUAGACUGUCUGCGACGCAUUGUUGCCUCCAUCAACCGCCGAUCUGUGACCAAACCCUACGGACUUAGCACACCUAACCAAUUCACACCGAUCCUUCAACCCCUUUUGGGCAUUCAUUGCCUCCCUGCUCGCGUUCGAUCUCGCUAGUUUCAUUUCUUUUGGGUCGAAGGCAAAAUGGCUUGCGCAUCUCGUAUAAUCAAUCACUCCAGAAAGUUGAGGAAUGCUCCCGACUUGUUACACCAUGAACGAGCUCUUUUGGCUAGAUGUUUCUCUAGUGAGGCUCAUCCUUCUAUGAACAGAAAUCAAGAUAUUUGCAAAACCCAAUUUUAUGGUUAUCAGUCCCCAACAAGAAAGAGUGCUUCUGAGCUUGCCUCCUUCCAUGCUAAAUCAUUUGGUGCACAGGCGAGAAACAUCUCAACUUGUUUCACCCAGGGUUCCUUGAACAAUGAGAAUUCACGCUCACAGGUACAAUCAAGGAGAUCUUAUGCAUCGGCUUCAGACCUUCCUCCACACCAAGAGAUUGGAAUGCCUUCGCUCUCGCCUACAAUGACUGAGGGAAACAUUGCAAGAUGGUUGAAGAAAGAAGGGGAAAAAGUUUCUCCUGGUGAAGUUCUGUGUGAAGUUGAAACUGAUAAAGCAACAGUAGAAAUGGAAUGCAUGGAGGAAGGUUAUCUUGCCAAGAUAAUACGUGGUGAUGGAUCAAAAGAAAUCAAAGUUGGUGAGGUCAUCGCUAUAACUGUUGAAGACGAGGAUGAUAUUGCAAAGUUUAAAGAUUAUCAAGCUUCUGCAUCAGGUGCUAGUGCUACCCCUGCUAAAGAACCAUCUGCCCCUCCCCCACCAAAGAAAGAGGUUGUGGAAGAGCCUGCCCGAGAACCUGAGCCAAAGGUUUCCAAACCUAGUGCAUCUCCUCCAUCUGGAGAUCGCAUAUUUGCCAGUCCUCUUGCUAGGCAGUAUGCUGAAGAGAAAAAUGUCCUUCUCUCAAGCAUUAAAGGAACAGGACCUGAAGGGCUCAUUGUUAAGGGUGAUAUUGAUGAUUACUUGGCUUCCGGCGUCAAGGAGGUUUCAGCAGCCUCAAAGACCAAGGUUGCGGAUGCAGCUUUGGAUUACACUGACAUUCCUGUCUCUCAGAUAAGGAAGAUUACAGCUUCACGCCUGCUGUUAUCGAAACAAACUAUUCCUCAUUACUACUUAACUGUAGAUUCUUGUGUUGACAAACUCAUGAGUUUGCGUGCCCAACUCAAUUUAUUGCAAGAAGCAUCAGGUGGGGCACGGAUUUCAGUUAAUGACCUUGUAAUCAAGGCUGCUGCUUUGGCUCUUCGUAAAGUUCCUCAAUGUAACAGUUCGUGGUCAGAUGAUUAUAUUCGCCAGUAUCAUAAUGUGAACGUUAAUGUUGCCGUGCAGACAGAUCAUGGACUUUUUGUUCCUGUCAUCAGGGACGCAGACAAGAAAGGCCUCUCAAAGAUAGCAGAAGAGGUCAAACAAUUGGCAUCAAAAGCCAAAGAAAACAGCUUGAAACCCCAAGACUAUGAGGGAGGUACAUUUACAGUUUCUAACUUGGGAGGGCCAUUUGGCAUCAAACAGUUCUGUGCCAUCAUCAAUCCACCUCAGUCAGGCAUUCUUGCUGUUGGAUCUGCUGAGAAGCGGGUCAUACCGGGUUCGGGCCCUGGAGAGUUUAAUUUUGCUUCUUUCAUGUCCGUAACGCUCAGCUGUGAUCAUCGUGUAAUAGAUGGUGCGAUUGGUGCUGAAUGGUUAAAAGCAUUCAAAGGCUAUGUUGAAAAUCCAGAGUCAAUGAUGCUGUAAGAUUAAACUGAAGGCUUCCUUGACAAAUCCUUUCAACUGAUUAUUAAGGCGGGAAUGAGAGUAGUUCAUCUGGGCUCUAUCCACAUACCCAUUUAGGUUUGGGGGAUUGUAUUCCUGACCAAUCUUCGAUUGAAGUCUCUUAACCUUCUUUGGCCGAAGUUUAAGUCUUUUCUCAGAAGAUGAAAUUUGCAAUUUUGUAUUUUGAAUAAGGGUCGGAAGGGGCAUUUGAUACAUUUGAAAUUUACCUUCGACAAAGAGGGCAAUCCCCAAAGGAGGCAGAUUCCUGCCCGAGAUUUUUCUGUUAGACUCUGAAUAAUUGGCAAUUUUCUUGAGAUAUGCUCUCAUCUCGUUGUAGUUGGUUACAAUGAGUGGUGAUGAGGAGGCUCUUUCCCAGGAAUAAUUUGUUAAUAUGCUGUAUCAUCUUUUUUGAUCUUCCAAUCAUGCCUUUCUUUUUGUAGAAGGAUAUCCUUUUAUUCGAUUGGAAUUAUUAUUGUUUAA